GUCCUGGGCAGCAGAAUCCAUCACUGGGCCGUGCUCUCGCUUUUUACGCCAAUUCAUGCUACCCCCAGGACCUUAGGCUGUCCCCAUGCAAUACGACACUACACCAUCCUUCUUACUUGCCCUGCAGCGCCGCUUCGAGACUUUGAUAUGGUCAUGUCUCGAUUCUGACCUUCACCGGUCUGCUGCGUUCUAUGCUGAGCGGUACUACUCAGUGGAUGUCAAUAAUCACGCCGCCCUUCAUCUGUAUGCCACUACUCUCCUUCGACUUGGUCAACCUCACUCCGCAUUACACCUCGUCAACGCGCCACCCGAUGGACGAUGUGGUGGAUGUUCGGAGAUAAAAUACAGGUGCUGUACGGUCCUGGGGCGGCACAGAAUGGCCCGGGAAGCAUUGCAGGAGAGUCUGAGCGACCCGAUAUAUAACUCAUCUUUGUCGUCUUCCAGUCGUGAGGCACGCAUCUUCCCCGACGAGGCUAUCAUGCACUGUCGAGCAGGGAGUAUGGCUCUGAAGGGGAAUCUCCGUGACCUAGCUGGACCCAGUUUCCGACGAGCUCUCGCCCUCAAUCCCUUACUAUGGGAGGCCUUUGAAGGGCUAUGUGCCCUAGGUUCUGUACCUGAGAUAAAAGAGUUAUUUCCGGAGAGGCCCUUGCCCGUGAAGAAAGUUCCUCCAAUACCUUCGGACGACCUACAAUCUAAGAUUGUCCCAAUAGCUACGGGUGCUGGCUUCUUCACUCCUGAUACCGCACAUGCGGGCAAUCUCAACGUCGGAAAUCUCUUUCGUCACCCACAGCCUUUUAGACUAGAUCCGCGUACUGGACAUCAUGAAUCAGUAGGACCUAAUGACACCUUCAAUCUCGUAGAGAACUCCAUGGUGCACGAUGAACCAAAUCGUCUACGUCCUCCCGAAGACAGCCACCCUCCCCUUGCGCGCCCCUUAUCAUCCGCCGAUGAGUCUGGGCCUGUGCAGAAAAGGUUGAGGGCCACUACACGACAGCGAGCGGGUGAUGAGGCAAAGUCGUUGAAGCCGAGUUCAACAGCAGGAGACGACCGCUCGAAAAAGUCUAAGACCACAUCCACAAGAAAUGCUUCUGGCGCUCUGAAGAGCGAUCGGGAACCUUCGGUCGGUACCAGACGAAGCACAAGGCUACUGAGCGGUUCGUCGAAUAAAUCAACGCAUGCCGCAAAAGGUUCCAUGAGUCGGCGGCGGCAAGCGCAUACUCGUACGCGAUCAACAGAGUCUGAAAUGACUGAAGAUACGGGUCCCACAGAGCCUGCUUACUCAAAUUCACCACCUUCAAUUGCUCGGUCCCCUAAGUCGGAUAUCUCCCCAGCACCAAGUCCUUGGGCAGCAGUCGAUGAACAGGCUGCGCAGGAAGCCUUCGAUAUAGAACAAGCAGACGAGUACAUCUAUAACCUCAUGCGUCUAAUUGCAAGUGCGCAAAGGGCUCUGGCCUUGCACGACACGGCGACGUGUUUGCAGGAGAUAGAGAAGCUGCCUCAUGUGCACCAGCGCUCAGGAUCUGUGAUGGUUAUGGUAGGCAAGUGCCAUUACGAGCUCACAGAAUAUGCACCAGCCGAGCGUUCAUUUGCCAUCGUCCGUCAACUAGAGCCAUACCGCGUUUGGGACAUGGAGGUAUAUUCUACACUUCUAUGGCACCUUCAGCGCGAGGUCCGACUAUCUUACCUUGCUCAAGAGUUGCUUGCCACGGACCCGCGGUCUCCCGAGGCAUGGAUAGCAGUGGGCAACUGUUUCUCCCUGCAGAAAGAGAAGUCCCAGGCUUUGACAUGUUUCCGGCGGGCGGUACAACUCGACCCCUCGUGCGCGUAUGCCUUCAUCCUUAGCGGACACGAGCUGCUGGACGAUGAUUUGGAUAAAUCAGUGAACUUCUUCCAGUCUGCUUUGCGUGUGGAUCCGCGGAAUUACAACGCUUGGUAUGGUUUGGGCGUAUGUUACCAAAAGAAGAGCAAGCUGCGUAUAGCAGAGUAUCAUUACCGCAAGGCGUUGGAAAUCCAUCCUAACAAUGCUGUUCUGAUGGGGUGCGUGGCGAUGGUUCUUGAACGACGCGGGGACCGGGAGGAAGCACUUGCCAUGUACGAACAAGCUGUGCGAACUUCGCCCGAAAACGCACUCGCUCGUUAUCGUCGAGCCAAGAUCUAUAUCGCAAAGAAAAGAUAUAAGCUUGCAGUGGAAGAUCUGGAGCAUCUGCGGGACGCGACGCCGGAUGAGUCGAAUGUAAUCUUCCAGCUGGCUAAGGUGUAUCGCCUGAUGGGAAACGAGCGGAAGUCUGCACAAUUACUCGCUGCGGCACGCGACGUGUCACCGAAGAACAUCGAAAGGAUACAGAAGCUGAUUACGACUGUGCGCGACGAGGAGGCGGACGAGGAGAUGGACGAGGGGUGAUUGCGUGCUAUUGUUUGCACGGGCUGGCGACAUAUGACAAUCAAUUGUACAGACAUUGCAACUAUCUCCGACUGCAGCGCAACGAUGGUGUGAAACAAGCGCAAG